AUGAUUACGAACCAGAUUGGUAUAGUUAUCUUAGGCAUAGCUUUGCUUUUAUCCUUACGGGAUAUUUAUGGACAUUCCAAAGAUGAAUACGAUGAUAAUGAGGUGUUUAAGAAGGAAUUCGAUGACGAAAAAAUUGGCGAGAAUUUUGAGGAUGCAGACAACAUUAGAGUUAGGCAAGGAUCAGCUCACUUCACUGCACCACCACAUACUACUAAGAAACUUCCCAGCAUGAAUGUUUCUUGCGGUUAUCGACAAGCAUUUGAUGAAUUUUCCCGUUACAUUCAUGAAAAGUAUCCUUCAAUGAAAAUUGAUGGCGCCAAUCACUCACCUGAAGUAUGGAAACACGUUUUGGCUCAGAUUAUUGGACUGGGGAAGAUUGUUCUCAUUGUAUUGAUCGUGAUGGGGCAAGAUCCGUUCGCGUCGAUCGGACAGCCGACCCCGCGCAUUUUCUCAUGGGCUCUGAGCAAUAAAGUUUCAUCGUGCAUGAUGUUGUUUCUUCUUUCUAAUACUAUCGAAAGCUCUCUUAUGUCAACGGGAGCGUUCGAGAUUUACUUGGGUGAUGAACAGAUAUGGUCGAAGCUUGAAAGUGGACGAGUGCCAUCACCAUCAGAGCUAGUUCAAAUUGUUGACCAACAAAUGGAAUUGCAAGGUGUAAAAGUUCCCGAUACAUUUGCAUUUGAUUCGUCUUCAUGA